AUGGCUGGCGAUGUGUUGGAAGACAAAUUGGGCUUGAUGAUGCUGGUUCCGAGCGAUACGACGAUGAGAGCUUGCGACGUUGGCGAAAAUAGAAACUCCCCCAACAGCGAGUUGCAAGCCGACUCGGCACUUCAAGUUGCCGCCAACUGCAUAGCCGUUGUUCAGCCACCUUGCUGGUGCGCGCCGCACCAGAACUCGCUGUCUCUUGCCGCCUCGGCCACGCAUGCAUUUGACCCCAAGCGAUGGGUGGCCCACGAGGUGUAUUACGUGGACCAAGCGUCGGCCGCCAUCAACGGCAUCCUGUCGUUACGUAUUCAGAACACGUUUUACAUUUUCGACUUGAAGAUUUGGCGCGUGUUUGUGAUCGAAGAGCCGGCCGACAUACCAGACCGCCUCGUGCGCGACGCCUUGGACCAAGUUGCACCACAGCAUGUAGCCGAGAACGUCAGUACAUCAGUCAACUACUACAGACGCAGUAGCAAUCUGGCAUCACCGUUCGCAAAGUCAACGUUGAAAUUGCAGGCCGGUGGCGGGUUGUGGUGA